AUGUUCACUCGUGCUCCAUCCCAAACCAGCCAUAUUCACGGUCCCUUAGAAUCCACUCUUGUGGACAGUGGUGGACCUGAAAAUGUAACGAAUUCCCCUGGGCCUUUGUCGCCUUUUGUCGAAGCUUUCCAGCGAUCCCAGUUUACUGCUAGGCACGAGUUUCGCAAAUUCUACGAUUCCGUUUCACAAUGGACCCAAUUGAGCCCACGUUCAUCCAAGCAACGCAUCAGAAAACGCGCUCACGAAAAUUCACCGCGCCGAAGCCGUCUCAGUGCGGUUGGCCAUAGCAGCGAUCACUGGUCACGCACAGAGCGCUAUCGCAAGUCUCUUGUGGAUAACUCGCCGCAAACGCAUUGUGAAUCGGUUCCCUCUUUGGAACAUGGUGCUACGCCUUCAACACGAACGCCAUCCAUGGAUAGCGCCUCCCAACACUAUCCAUCGGAAUCCUAUGGGGCUGUCUCCGCGAAUGACCAGCCACGAGAACACGUCGAUUUAGCAGUUUCAGAAUACACAGGGGUGGCUGCUGAUCAACCCAAUGAAGAACACGAAAAUUCCAUAUCCUAUACGACUGGACGCAUUAGAAACUACAGUCCAGUAUCACAUACCGAUGGCACCUAUCAAGAAAACUAUCACGCAUCGAGUCCAUACGCAGAAAAGUUUCCUCAUAUCCAUCAAGACUCUUAUCAUGAUCAAGGUUCAUACAAGAAGGAGGAGGAUACGCCUUCUCGUGGGCAACGGAACGGCGAACACAGUCCUUACACCAUCGAAGCUGACGAGUAUCGCCAGUUGAUAUAUCAACGUAGACGAUCGAGUGUACUUGAACCUAUCGAUAACCAGGAAGAGUAUCGUUAUUCGGCUGCUGGCAGCUCCACCUCCUUUCGCCGCUAUACUUUGCAACAAAAUGCAACGGCUGAACGUCCGUUGCACGCCAGCUAUGCAGGCCGCUCGUUGCAACACCGUGUCACGGAAGAAGGCGAGCGCUUAGAAAAUUUGCAGCAUAGUUUGAACGAUGUAUUAAAGACCGCCUCGGAAUUGUCUUCCCGUAUGAACGACAAUGACAAAAAAAGAGUUUCCAUUGUCCGUUCACCUUACCCCGAUUCUUCAAACGCACAGACAGCAUUCUCUCCGGAUGAGAGGACACACGAAGUACACUCGCCCAAUGUCCCGCAGGGAAUACCUCUGUCGGAUGUCGAUCGUGGCAGCAGACGUGAUCGACUGUCUCUUUCACAGCCGGACUCGGAGACCCGUCGCGCUUCACGUUACUCUGCAGAGACUCCCCGUACCCAGCUGUCUCGUCAUUUAAAACGCUUUACAAUUGGCGCAAGGUCCCCUCGUGCGAAUUCAAGAUCUCCUGAAACAAGGAUGACAGCGUCGCCCCACAGCCGCACGCCCGUUCGAUACACGCCAUAUGGAUUGUCUAUGCGAAGAAUUUCUUACAGUGCAGUUUCUUAUUCGCCUUCCCUCCAGGAUAUCAAUGAUACAUCCAGAACGCGGCUAAGAUCCACACGUCUGAUCAGAUGUCCUGAUGGUUCGACCAUCCCCAAUCCUAUAUGGCAAGAGAUCUAUGGUGAAGAUACGGCUCUGGAACCGAAAUCUGCCGAGUCUUCUCCAGAUCAUCGUGUGUCUCCGCAAUCAAAUUAUCAACAGAUCCAAAGCAGCCCUACAUUUGAUCAAAAUCCAGUAACAAUCCAAUAUAUAGGUCAUACAUUGACCCCUUAUAUCAUUCCCUCUCCUUCGUCACCAUCCAGCGGUCGAAUUCAAAAGCCUGCAUCUACUCCCAGUGCAAACACAAGGUUACGAACGGCUAUCAUAAAGUCCCGAGAAGACAGGGCAUCCAUCUAUUCAAACGGAAAAGCGGAUUAUUGGAAUGAUCCAUCCAAUUCACAUCGUCGACAAUCUUCCGCUGGGUCGCCAGCUCGAAGUCAAUCAUUAUCGCAGCACAUUAAUCCACGAUCUCAUGCCUCGCCCAUCCCAUCUCGAGUAAACGCAACAGCGCAGUUGGCUCCCCGUCACGAUGCCAACAGAAUGUCUGUACAUGCUAGUGCAAACGAUGAAGACUUCUGGCAGACCACCGUCUCGACAAACUCUGUUCCGACCACGUCCUUGACCGCACGAUUAUUUAAGAUUGCUGAAGAGGAAAAACAAGAACGAGCCUACUUUAGCCGUAACCGACAUUGA